AAACUUUGCAUCGCACUCCGUGUGCCUGCCUAUCUGUCUGCCACGUUUCUCUGUCUGUUUACCUAGUAGUGUGGCCUUGGCAUCCCAAAUUACACGCCACUCCCGCUUCCUCAGGUUCCAUCCGGAUGAGGUCGCCGAGAACGAGAAGCUCGCCAGCAUGCUCACACAGCCCAGGCAAGACAGACAACUAUCGGGCACGGAUAGGGAGCGGCAAAGCAGCAGCCACAAUAGCCGAAGCAGUGGUGAAGGCGCCAGCACACUCUUCGGCGCGCUGCCGUCGGUCACGUCGCUGCAGCAGUCGCUCCGAAACCUCAUGCCGCUGCCUGUGCAGCCCGCGUCGCCUGCUGUUCCUCCCUCUCCCCCUUCACGGGAAGCUGGCCGCUCCAUCGCAACGCCUGCGACGGCGACGGCGCUGCUGCCACUGGGCGGAGGGGAGCUGUGGCGGCGCCAAGACCCGGUUUUCCUCAAGCUUAGCAGGUCACUGGACCGUUGGCAUGAGCUGCAGCGCGAGCACAGCCGCCCGCUGCGUAGGGGCCGUCGGGCGAGGCUGUUGGUGGUACGGGGUGUGGACCUGCCGGCGGAGUGGAAGGACGUCAUGAGGCCAGUCGCUGCAGCGGCGGACUCGGCUGGAGCGAGGCGUGCGUGGCUCGGUGGAAUAUUCCACGCGUUUACAGUUGCGGCGGGAGCUGCAGCGGGUGUUAUAGGGUUGCAGCGGCGGCAUAGGGUCUGGGAGGUGGCGGGCGUGGCCGCGCGGACGCAACAGCAGUCGCUGCAGCAUCGGGAGCAACAGCAGGGGCCCCCAGGGGCCCUACCCGUAUCGAGUAUGCGGCGGGAAGCAAACGAGGAGGAUGCUGCCGCUGGGCUAAUAUGCUUCGUCGUUUUUAUGGAUCUACUCUAUGGCUGGCAAAUCGGCGGCUCCCACCGAGCUUAUACCUUCCCUCGACCUCGCCAACGCGAGCAGGCACUGGAAUCCUCACCCGCGUUUGGCGCAGCUGACGACCUCCCCACCACCGAUUUCAACGCCGUGGACACCAUGGCGGCGCCUUCGGGCGGCGGCAGCAUGCAUACACACAAGCCGCCGCUGCCGCCGCUACCAUCUCCGCGCUCGGCGGGGCACGGCGGCAGGGGCGCGAAGCCUUUGGCGCCGCCACCCGGGACGGCGGUCGCGACGACAGCAGCGGCGCCACGGCGGGCUGCCGUACAGGCCAUGGAACCCGUACCACGACUGGCAAAGGAGGCGAAGACCGCAGCGGUUAACCGAACAGGCGCCACCGGCAGCAGCAGCAGCAGCAGCGGGGAAGGCAUCCCGUACAUUGGCCUGCAGGGGGGGGAUGUACACGCACACGGCAAUGUGAACAUGAGCCAGGCGGAAGGGGGCGGCCUCGAGGCUUUAGCGUGGGAUAUGCAGCAGCAGCAGCAGCCACAGCAGCAGCAGCCACAGCAGCAGCAGCCACAGCAGCCGCAGCCGCUACCCGCAUGGGAGGGUGUGCCGUUGGAGGCUUCGCGGCUGGAGGCUGCACUGGCGGUAAUGCAAAGGUCACAAGAGCUUCGAAGCCUCGCGGCCAUUUCGCCACAGCACCACACCGCCAUGGCGGCGGCCCUGACGGCGGCGCUGGCGCUGCUGCCGCCGGCGCCGCCGCCGCUGGAGCUCGUGGCUGCGAUGCGUGCGCAAGGCCCAAGUGUGGCCUGCACACACGACCCCACGCUACCGGUGGCCGGCGAGGUGCCGACCGCGGCAGCCGUCCCCAAAGGCGACGGCGGCAACAGGACGAACUCGACAUGCCAUGGUACGACGGCGCUGUCGCCGCCUCCUCCGCGACUGCGGAAUGUGAGCUCCGGCGGCGGCGUUAUCGUCGCUGGCAAAUCCUCCUCUGCCAGUGGACCCGUGCCGUACACUGGACCAGUCGCGGUUGCAAUGUACGAAUCCAACAGCUACGACGCGACGCCCGUAUGGCUGGACUCCCUAGCAUCCCUGCUGGAUGUUCUGGGUGUCCCCAACGCCAUAAUGACCCGUGGGUCGCUGCGGCGCAUCGUGGGACAGCACCGCAUUGAGCUGCUGGCGUCGCUGCGCAAUAAAGUAUUGGACACAGCUCUACUGCACGGCCUCAAGCAAAUGACCCAUGGGUCACAGCCGCAGUACAGGACAGUCAGCUUCCGACCCGAUCGGCUGCUCUUCAUCAACGACGUGUACGCUUGCGCUCCGGAUCUGCUGCGGCUCCUGCAGCUGGGUUACGGUGUUGGCGCUGACCUGGCUUGUGGCCUGGAUUUCGAUCGCCCGGGAGAUCGCCGCCGGGGCCGGCGGCGGCGCCGCCGGGGGCUCUUGGCCUCCCAAGACGAUUCCGAACCAGACCUGAACCCCGACCGGGAAGGGAAGGAUCCAGGAAGGCGGGGGCCGAUCAUGGCGACGGAGGCGGCGGCGGAGGCAACGGAGCUGGGAGCUGGGAUGGCGGGAACAGCAGCGGUCUCCAUCCAGAGGGACAACGAGGAGAUCAAGGAGGAGGAGGAGGAGGAGGAGGAAGACGAAGAUGAGGACCUGGAUGAGGAGGCACUUCAAGCCGCCAACCUACACCGCUUACUGCGGCGACUGUCAGCACGACCCGCCACCACCAGCGGGGAGGCCGCCGCCGCCGCCGCCGACGACGACGACGACGACGACGACGACUGGGGUUCAGCGGUGCCGCCACGACCGCCGCCGCAGGCUCAUGCAUCAGGAUUAGGAGAUCAAACAGACAAGGACCUGACCCGGUCUCUGGGUUCUUCCGUCACCGCCGCGGCGGUGGGUCCUAGUCCCGUCGUAAGCGACCCACGGGUCGGUGCUGGCCGCAAGGCCCAUGAGAUUCUGGUUGCGGUCCUAGAGGCGCAGCGCAUGGCAGCGGCAGGACACCGCUGGGACCCUGCGCGACAGUACGAAUUUUACGACACCUGGGUCGCGCGAGAUGUUGGCGGUCGACGGAUGGACAAGCGGUUGCCGCUUGCGGUCCAUCACGGCCGCACCGCCCUGCGACUGGCUCUGGGACUGCCCGCCGCGGCGUACUGCUGCUGGAACGGCGCAGCGGUACUCAACACAGCGCCGUUCCUGCCGCCGCCGCCGCCGCCGCCGCCGCCAUCGCCGUCGCCGUCGAAGCAGCAGCAGCAGCACCUGGCGGCCGAUGAAUGUGACGCGACCGGCAGCGACGCAACCGCAGCUGUCCCUUCUGGAAACGGCAGCCGCGGCGCCACCGGUGGCACUCCUUACCCACUUCAUGAGAAGCGUGGGGUGGUCCGACUGCCUGGUGGCGCUGAGCUUCGAUUUCGCCGGAGCCUACCUGGCGAGUGUGAUGCGAGCGAGUGUUCGCUUCUCUGCGAUGACCUGCACCGCCUGGGGUACGGCAAAGUUGUAAUUGACCCUUCCAUCAGGUUGUCGUAUAUGCCGUACCACGACGCCGGGUUACACAAGGACUGGUUCCUGGGGACGCCGCUGUUGCAGUGGGGCGAGCUGGCGUCGCUGGCGGCGGCGGCAUCACCGCCACCACCCUUGGUGGGGCGCGGGAAAGCGCCGGCGGCCAGCUCUAACCGUCGGAGGCGUUCGCAGGUUUUAGCUCUUAAGGUAAUUCUGGGGCGUCUGUGGUGGGAUGGCGCAUGGGGGGAAGCGCAGCCGCCGGACAUCGAUGCGGCGCUGAAGUCAGGUCCCAAUGCGCAAGUCGGUUGCCCCCCAGUACAGCCGUUACAACCGCCGCCAGUGCAGCCAACGGCCUUAAGACAAGUGCCUGCAGUUGAGGCGGUUGAGGCGGUUGAGGCGGUUGAGGCGGAGGUAGAGGUGCUACGAGGAGGUCACGACCCUGUUUGGCGCCGCCGGGAGUCGCCGCCGCUUGCAGACGUCCCGUGGGUUAGUCCACUGCCCCGCCUGCACUCCUGCCUCAACAUGGAGUGGCAGAUGCUGGCUCAGCGUGUAAGAGCGCUGCCGCCAACGCCGCCGACGCCGCCGACGCUGCCGCGUUCUCGCACAGCGGCCGCCUCCGCGCCUAGCUCCACCGCGGCUAGCCCACUGGCUGCAGCUAGCGGCGGCGGCGGCGGUGCGGGCGGCCGCUCUGAGAGCGGCGUUGGUGGCGAUGUUAGUCCGUCUGACAGUUCCAAGGUGAAGUUGGUUCCGCUGGCGGCGCAGCGGCCUCAGCGGCCCGCAGCUGGUGGCCCUGGUGGCCCCCGGGGUGGCGACAGCUGGUUGGGGUUGCAAGGACCUUGGAGCUGGUGGUCAUCAUCACCACCGCCGCCACCGCCAUCAUCAUCACCGUCAUCAUCACCAUUAUCAUCAUCCGGCGACCAGCUCCUUGCAGUGCCUUCUCUGGAGGUUGAGUGCAUCGACUUGUUCCCGGGGUCUGAUAUGGCCAACUUCGCGGGCUUCAUGUUGGUUCACCCGGCGCAACCUAAUUUCACUGACACGUACCUUCGGCAGCAGCGCUCCCUCAUGCGGCUGCGGCCUCUCAUGACGCAUCCCUGUCCGAACCUCUCCUUACGCGGUGGCCCUGUCGGUGCCUGA